UUGCUGUUGAUGAAGUUAAUAGUAACAUUGUUAAGAUUACUCCACCAUUAUCACAAUAUAGCCGGGGAAGAUUGGUUGCUGGGUCAUUUCAGGGUUACACAGGGCAUGUGGAUGGAAAGCCAAGUGAAGCUCGUUUCAAUCAUCCCAAAGGUGUAACCAUGGAUGAUAAAGGAAAUGUGUAUGUUGCUGAUACCAUGAAUCUUGCUAUCAGAAAGAUAGGAGAUGCAGGUGUCACAACUAUUGCUGGAGGAAAAUCAAAUGUUGCGGGAUAUAGGGAUGGACCCAGUGAGGAUGCACAGUUCUCAAACGAUUUUGAUGUAGUGUAUGUUCAGCCCACCUGUUCUUUGUUAGUUAUUGAUAGAGGAAAUGCUGCCCUUCGGCAAAUCUCCCUCAACCAAGACGAUUGUGAUUAUCAGUAUAGUUCUGUUUCUCCCACAGGUUGUACUCCUAUCUAUAUGCAUCACAAUGUGCAUAGCCUUUUUUACCUUCAAUUCUUCUUGUUGCAUAGUCAAUUUUCUGUUACAGUACUGCCUGAGGGCAAUUACAAAGAUCAUGAAAUCUUUGGUUUUGCAGCCCUUUUCACUACAGACAAAACAUGA